UUUCCUGAAUAAUGAUGUGUUCAUACUGUAUUGCUUCUUACAUUUCUCAACAGACACAUUACAGGGAUCAUAGAUAAGCAGAGGGAAUUGAUGAGAGCAGAGCUUCCUAUUUUAAUAUUAGUAGAAGACACAUGUGGGAAAGUGCAAGACUCACCAUGGCCAUGAAGUCAUUCUGCCCAUCGAAGAGGAUCGAUGUAAAACUUAUGGAUGACCUGGUGCAAGUGAGGGAGCAAUAGAUUCUUGUGGACCGAGGGGGGAGUUCCUCACUCUGCUUAUGGAGAACCUUAAGCAGGGGGCAUUAUUUGUUGGUCCUGAUGAAGCCAAAUUCCUGAAUUUCAACAGUAGAUCAAUGCAGAAUGAUGAUUACUUCUUUGCUGGUGUUGCCAUUGCCCUCUCUGUUGUGCAUGGGGGACCAGGACCACAGUUUAUUUCACCAAGCCUCUUCAGAGCACUGACAACUAACCCUGAGGGCACAGUCAUUGCUAUUGAAGAGGUUACAGAUCCGAUGCUUUGCAUCAACUUGCAAAGAUUGGCUUCCGGGGAUUAUGAUGCCUUCACAAAUAUAGAGUCCAUCAUAGUUAUGGCUGGGACUUUUGCAGUUAUCAAGGACCAUCAAACAGCCAGGAAGGUUGCCCUAGACACUGCACACUGGUACUGUCUUGGUCGCAACCAGUCUGCAUUUGAAAGAUUCAAAGAAGGUUUGAAAACCCUGGGGGUUCUGGAGGCAAUGCAGGAAAAUCCAACUUCCUUUUCCGCAGUUAUGUGCCAUCAACCUCAACAGUUCACUUACUGCAGCUUCUCUUCAUUGAUGGAGCCUGAACUGAAUCUGCCAGGUUCUUCCAAAAGGAACACAGAAAACCUUGUUCUAUCUUUCUGGAGAACCCUGUUGAUUGAAAUUGAAGAUGAACCCAGUGAGCUGCAGGACAGCGACAUCUUUUUUACAACUGGUUUAAAAACCAUGCCACCUCUGGGAUUGAGACCCCACCCCAGCAUUCACUUCCUCCACACAGUUGAAGAGAAUGAGAUGCUGUCACUAUUGCCAAAAGCAAAUAUAUGUGCCAACAGCAUUUCUCUUCCAACUUGCGAGUCGGAAGAUGACAUUUCUGAUAAAGAGAGCGAUGUUUCAUCCAUUGACUUGGUAGCAGAGGAUAUGUUUUUGGAUGGUGGAGACGUCACCCUCGACAAGUAA